GUCCAGCCGGCAGCACCUCACCCUCUGCCUCUCGCUCCAGCUUCCAGUGAGUGUUCAAUAACCGAGCUGGAGAACGGACUGAACCGGCCUUACAGGAUGGGUUGCGGGGGACCCAGUGCCGGGGAGACUCUGCGCGCAUGGUUGUUGUCUGCCCUGGUCGUGCACGGCGCAGUCGCAGGCAACCCCGACGCCAAGCGGCUCUACGACGACCUCCUCUCCAACUACAACAAGCUGGUCCGUCCGGUCGUCAACACCACUGAUGUGCUCAGGGUCUGCAUCAAGCUCAAACUGUCGCAGCUCAUAGACGUGAACCUGAAGAACCAAAUAAUGACAACGAAUCUUUGGGUGGAACAGUCGUGGUACGACUACAAGCUGCGGUGGGAGCCCAAGGAGUACGGCGGUGUUCAGAUGCUUCAUGUGCCUUCAGACCACAUCUGGCGACCCGACAUCGUCCUUUACAACAACGCUGAUGGAAACUUCGAGGUGACUCUAGCCACCAAAGCAACCAUCUACCACCAGGGGCUCGUCGAGUGGAAGCCACCUGCCAUUUACAAAUCUUCUUGCGAGAUAGAUGUUGAGUAUUUCCCAUUUGAUGAACAGACUUGUGUCCUCAAAUUUGGUAGCUGGACUUAUGACGGAUUCAAGGUAGACCUGCGCCACAUGGAUGAGAAACAAGGCUCUAACAUAGUGGAGGUUGGAGUGGACCUAUCGGAGUUCUAUAUGUCGGUAGAAUGGGAUAUACUCGAAGUUCCUGCUGUCAGAAAUGAGCGGUUCUACACGUGUUGUGACGAGCCAUACCUUGACAUCACUUUUAACAUCACCAUGAGACGCAAAACUCUCUUUUAUACAGUGAACAUCAUUAUUCCUUGUAUGGGCAUCUCGUUCCUCACAGUGCUUACGUUUUAUCUGCCCUCCGACAGUGGCGAGAAGGUAACAUUGUCCAUCUCCAUUCUUAUUAGUCUCCACGUGUUCUUCCUCCUAGUCGUGGAGAUCAUCCCACCCACGUCCCUGGUUGUACCUCUACUCGGCAAAUAUCUUAUUUUUGCCAUGAUCCUCGUCUCGAUAAGUAUAUGUGUGACAGUGGUGGUGCUCAACGUCCACUUCCGCUCGCCCCAGACCCAUCGGAUGGCCCCUUGGGUCAAGCGGGUCUUCAUCCACAUCUUACCUCGCCUAUUGGUCAUGCGCAGGCCUCAGUAUCAGUUUGAACCUAACAAGUUCAACACGGGUCAAGUACUGAUGGCACGCAAUCCGCGAAGCAAGGAAAUGUUCUACCCCUACCAUACGACUACGGUGGGAGUUAGUAGCCAGAGUGACGAUGAGCUGACCAGGGUGAAGCAGAGGGAGCGGGAGGCAGCGGACAUCGCACGGUCCCGCGCCACCUCCAAGGAGGACCUGUCUCCCAGCACCCUGAUAGAUGGUGGGCCAUUUGGUGGUAGCUGUCAGAUCCACGGGCCCGCCAGCCACGCCACCGUCGGGUCCUUGCUCAGCGGAGAGAGUGAGGAGGUGACGCUGUCUGCGCUCACAGACGACUGCAAGAGCCCCGUGAUUCUGCGCAAUCCUGCGUUCUCACACAGUGCAUGUCCUCCUGCCAUGCACAAGUCCUGCUUCUGUGUGCGCUUCAUUGCAGAGCACACUAAGAUGCAAGAAGACUCCACUAAGGUAAAGGAGGAUUGGAAGUAUGUUGCAAUGGUCCUGGACAGAUUGUUCCUCUGGAUCUUCACUCUGGCGGUGUUGGUGGGCACAGCAGGCAUCAUCCUGCAGGCUCCCACCCUCUAUGAUGACAGGAUACCGAUAGAUAAGAAGUUCUCCGAGUUUGCAGCUGCCACAGUAGUGCGCUGCCCCCCACCCCAGUAGCCACAACCAGUAUUCAUUGUCACUGAAUAUGGCUAUAUUUGAUGUGAAUGAACUCGAACAUACAUACUUAACCCACUGUAGACUAACCUGACACAAUCAAAUUUAACAUAAACUUACCCAAUAUUAUCCUAAAUGUCUUAAUGGAAAUCGAUUUUGUUUAAAUUUAACAGGACAUUGCAUUGUUCAAUCUAAUUUAGCGUCAAACAAUGACUUGAUUUUUAAGAGUCCAACAUCUAAUUGUUUUUAUCUGACUCUGUGGACUGAUCAUCUCUUGGUCUUUUAAAAGGAGCCUUCAAUUUAUUUUAACUAUCAAGACAGUUUUCUAUGAGAACAGAUAGAGUAAAUAUAUCCCGUCUAAUAACAUAAUAAAUAUGCUCUGAGAGAAGAAUGUCAUUCUUACAAUUCAACAAUAGUUGCACACAAUUGCCAUGCUCUUCACUGAAGUUCAUGGCAAUUGCAAUAUUACAGCCAUCAUCUGACCGAAUUUUUCAGGCAAUUUUAUUAGGGCUUGGUCACAUGUUUAUUUGAAGGGACCGUGUCAACGGAUGGUACGGUGGCGGGACAUGACUGGGUCUGGCUGAAUAUCUUUUCCGGGGCCCACCAAAGCUAAGUACAGCCCUGGCCAUUAUGAUUUCUCGUACAAUGUCAAAUAUAGCAAUACAAGAAUUUUCCCUGAAUAGCAUAACACCAAGGGUAUAACCUGCUUUUUAACAGAAUGUAACCGUUCAGAUUCAGUGGUAUGCAAUCACACAACUAAUAGUUUCCAUCAUCCUAAUAAAGGAACUGGAGGAAAACAAGAGACUAAGCUUUAAUUACUCGUAUGUAUAACAUAAAGUUCUCAAGGCAUGAUACUAAAUUGUUAUUGUUCUGGAAUAUUUGAAAUCAUAUGAAACUCUGCCUAACUUUUAUAAUAUAACAGUACGCUGUGAGGACAAUUUAUGAGAGUGAAGCGAGUCUUGGCAUCUCCUUGGCUCAGAGAUUAACCUUAGCUAAUCUCUGAAUCACAUCCAAAGAUUAGAACUGUUGCAAGAGUUAGAAACAUAGUUUGUGGUUCAACUCAUGUAGUAGAUGCUUUGAAGUGUAUAAAAGAAGGAGAAGGAUCAGACCAUUUGGAAAUUAUUAUGAAAGCAGCAUAUAUAGAAAAUCAUUGUCCCUGAAAGUCUCAAGAAAAAUGUUAUGUUAUGAAGCCUUACUCAUCACUCUUAGCUUGUACUUCAGUUCCUAUCCUGAAAAAACUAUUACCUAAAUUGAUGGUUCAAACCACUGUCAACUGUACACAACAGAACGCGAGUUCACUGUACUGCACUGUUUUUACUUGAACUCUUAGUGAAAUUAACUAUAUGAAAAUCUUUAAGCAGGCCUGAUCAUAAACUUUCCAAAUCUUACCUAAACAUGAUUAACUAUGACACUUUACUAUUAAUCUUGAAAUAGUUUCAUCAAGAAUUCAUCAUGAAAUUUGUUUAAAUGAUUGUAUAAUGUAAUUUAUUUAUUUCUAUAAAAUUUUGAUUGAAUUUAAUAUUUGUGAGAUCAAAUCUUGAUUAAUCCUCUGUGCUUAAAAAGCUGUUAAGUGUGGUUUCUGGUGUUCUGUUCUAUAGCUUGUACAAAAUUCAUUGUUAGCUUUGCAGCUCAAAGAGCCACGCUAUACCUGGCUUUCACCGUUUUUACUCCUGGCUUGGAUUCAAAUGUGCAGUUCCCACUUCAGUGCUCAUAAUUAAAUUGUGUAAUUAUCCUGAUAAAAUCUGAUAAGAAGUUUCAUGAUAAGUUUAUACAUAUAAAUGCUCUGUAUUGAUUAAUGUUUGAGUAUUUCUCUGAUUCGUUUCAUGUUACUUAAACGAUUUCUUGAGGGUGUUCUACUGAAAUAGCAUAGUAUCAGUUCACAACCUACAUUAACCUAGCAGUAACAAUAAAUAGCAUAUUUGGGACUGAUUGAUAGGUAUAGAGUAGGAAAAUGUGUGUUAAUGUAUUCAGGUUUAAGGUUUGAUGCAAUCCGCUAAGAAAACUAGGAAAUAUUUUCUGUAACAGAUAAAAAUUGCUCUUCUUAAAACAAUUCAACAACUAUCUCCAUGUAAAGCUGCUCUUUGUUCCAAUAACUUAAUUUUACUCUCAAAUUCCAUUUGAUACUGGUAAUAGUGACAUUUCUUAGAUUCAUUGCAACAAAUUAUUGAUAUUAGCUUCAAUACAAGCAUAGUACUUGGAGUUUCCAAAUCAUAGCACUUGCGCUUAUUUAGAGUUUAGCAAACUUCUCAUCAGCUUUAUUGGUCAUCAAAUUCUAAUACAUUGAUGUAGUCAAGUAUUUCUUAAUAUUGCUUCAUCAUAUAUAAAUAUUACUAACAAGCGUAUCUUUAAAAAAUUAUAGAUUUAUUGAAGGGUCGAAGAACCAAUUUCUUGAAAGGGUGUGAAUACAAAAUGCAAAGAGAAUGUUGUUGUGAGUUUCAAACAAUGUUAUUUGGGAAUUAUUUUAAUUUCUAAACUUCGCUCCUUAAUUACUAUACAGGUUUCAGCAUAUAUGUGACUGAUUAUAAAAUGUUGGACGUUGCAUGUGAUUUUUGUCACACGUCUAAAUUUGUGUCAUAAGCAAAUGGUGUCCACAGUGCAGGAACAUUUUCAAGUUGAGCCUAAUUUCAUUUUCUGGUGUUCUUUGAGCCAACGUCGCAAACUAGUAAGUUGUGGUCUUAGUCACUGUGUAAAGUACACAGUUUCUAAACUAUCCAAGCUUCUUUGUUAUUAGUGAACACGUAUAUGUUAAACAUGUUAUAAAAAAGAAUGAGUGAGUAUCUAAUAAGUGUACAAAGGGAAGAGGAUUAAGUGGAGAGGGGGACACCUAUUUCCCAAACAGUUUACACUCAAUUAAUAUGUAAAAUUAGCAAUUAUUUCUGUCAUGAUAAUGGUGUAUUAAGUUAGGUCCAGCUUUGGAACUCUGAUUAAAUAUUUUCAUUUAUAUCAAUUAAAAGCUUCAUAAAAUUAAUUUUGGAAAUGACAAGUUAUUUAUAAAUAUUUACUUAUUUCUUGUAAUUACGUAAGUAAGUAAGUACGUUAACCUGUAUUUUCAAUACCAGAAUAAUUCUUUUAAAAUAGCUAUUUUACGGAAUUCAAAAAGAAGUACCGUGGCUGAUGUGUUAUUUCAAGUUCCAAAACUAGUCAACUACUAUCCAUUAUUUUAAUUGUUUGAUUACAACAUUUCAAAUACACACUCUUUAUUACUGGUAAACAAUAUUGUUAUUAGAAUAUUAUAGUCCUUGUAAUGUCAUUUUUCGCUAUCUUUGAAAUUGUUUAUUCUAGAAACACUUAAUAAAUGAGAAUUUUUUGGGUAAAUGUCCACCUGUAUGUAUAUGAGUAUGUUAGUAAUUGACUUUUGCUAAAUAAUUUGCAUGUGGGUGUAACAAAUUACUAUAGUGUGUCCUACUAGACACAAUUCAUUUUUCUACAUUUAUUCCAGAAAAACUUGCUUUGUUACCUAAAAAUUAUAUAUA